UUUUUCAUUUUCUAUUUUGCUGAUUUGGUGGGAGAAGGUCAAAGCCGAGGCAACAGCUUUCUCUGGACAGGGUUAGACCUCGCUUAUCUCCGCCGCUAACGAUGAAGGCAACCCUGAAGACUAAGUACGACGUAGACAAAAGCGGCGCCGUCUCGACUUUGGCCAUUAACGCCGGCGAUGUCAAGCUCCGUGCUUCUAUCACUGACGCUACAAUCAUCAACGGCCCUAGUUUAAAUGGCCUUGCUCUUGGUGUCGAGAAACCUGGCUUCUUCAUGGUCGACUACAAUGUUCCCAAAAAGGAUUUGCGCUUUCAGUUUAUGAAUACUGUGAAGGUAGUAGAGAAGCCUUUGAAUUUGACUUACAUCCAUAGUUGGGGCGACAACAGAACAGUUCUGGACGGGACCUUAGUCUUUGAUUCAGCUAACAAGGUCUCUGCUAAUCACGCUCUUGGCUCUGGAAAUUGUAAAUUGAAGUACAGCUACGUGCACGAGGGGGUGACCACUUUUGAACCUUCUUAUGACGUUGCAAAGAAUUCGUGGGACUUCUCUGUAUCAAGGAAGGUUUAUGGCGACGAUGUACUCAAGGGUACGUACCAGACUACAACCAAGGCACUGGGACUAGAAUGGACAAGGAAUUUGAAGUCAAGCGGAAAUUUCAAGAUUGUAGCAUCAGUCAAUCUGGGAGAUGAACCAAAAAGGCCAAAAGUAACAGCAGAGUCGACAUGGAACUUCGAAGUGUAAUUUUCAAACCAAUCUUUGCUUUAAAUUCCUGUUUGUGAUUCAUCGUGGACAUGGAGUUUCCUAAAUACAUUGAUGUUUGAGUCUCGUAAUGUUUUGUGCACUGAAAAUGAACGCACCAUUGCAUCAAAAACCUCACUGAUCAUAAGAAGUAAGAACUUUCCCAGUUACGC